AUGCGGCUCUUCCCUCUCAUGCUUGUGAUGGUCUGGCUCGAUUUCACCAGUGCCGCAUCGGUCCCUCGCCGGUCCAAGAAUCGCAACUCCAUUCACCCCUGGACGCAGACUCUUACCACGCGAAACGCCACAGCCAGCUCAAGCACCUUAUCCCUUAACAUCGACCCUGACAUAGUCAACCCUGUAUGUGGUGGGAUCUACGAGGCCAACAUCAACGUCGAAAGUGCACCAGACCCAUUCUACCUCAGCUCAGUCUGCAACAACGUCCUGAAUUACAUCGGUGGCCCAAAAGGGAACGAAGACGUCGAUGUCAUCUUCGCUUGCACAGGCUUGAGCACCUCCGGCACAGGAACUCGAGACGUCAAGAUCAUCUUCAACACCCAAGCCGAUGCACCCAUAAAUGCUGGCAGUGGCGGGACACAGUUGAUCCCAGCAAACAUGCAAUUUGUGUCGGAGAAGGAUAAUGUGUUUUAUAACUCAGAGGUGGAAAUCGGGGUCAAGAGGAAUACCGGGACGGGGGAUGUGGCUUUUCAGUACAUCUAUUGUUGA